AUGAAGGCACGUCUCCUCGCCGCCCUCUGGGUCUCAGAAAUGCCCCCUUCACCUUUCGGUUCUUCCCUCCGAGUCUCUUUCUUCAGCCACGCAGGGUGCUCCUGCGGCUCGGCGAUGCGCGCGCUGCGGAGCCGGAGCGCCUCCUCCUCUUCCCCAGCCCUCGCCCUGCCCGCCCCGCGGCCCUACCUGCCCCGGCCCGCCGAGCUCGGCGCGGCCGCGGGCAGGUGGGGGCUGCCGGGAGGCGGAGGGCGAGGAGCCGGGUGGGUUUGUCCGCCCGCCUCUGGAGGUGCGGCCGGCGGCACGGCGCGGAGAGCGGGCUGCCGCGGGAGGCGCACGGCGGUGGCGGUGACCGCGUCCGCAGCCCGGGCCGCGGAGGGGCCGGCGGGGCCCCUUGCUGCAGAGCCAGAUGUACGGGACGCGGCGCUGCGAAGGGUCGGCGGGGAGGUGCUGGGGGCUGCCGCCGCCGCUGCUGCCGCGGCCGGGGGGGAGCCCUUAGCCGUGCGGGAAGCGGGGAAGCCGUGUCGGGAGCUGUUAUUUUCUUCUCCUCCUUCCUUUGCCUUCCCUCUUGUCCCUCCUCCCCCUCCUCACCAAAACCGGGAGAGGAGGCGUGUUCGGUGCCUUGCUGCACCGGUUUUGCUUGGUUUGUUGUUGCAGGGUUUGGUUCUCAGGGUGGCUGGCUUUUUUCUUUUUUUCUCUUUUCUCUUCCAACCUCCCCGCCUUCUCCUUUCCUCUCCUUUGGCCCAUCGCAUGCUCGGAUCCGGCUGGAUCCUUCCUUUGCUUUUCGGCGGUGCCUCUCGGAAGGGGGAAGGGAGAGCUGGGAUGAGUGCAGCUUGA